AAUCUAGGCAACGUAACGUAGGCUAAUGAUGACAAAAGUGAUUUAGAAACUCGAAACUGACUGAAGCAGAUUUAUUUGAGCGGGACAUAAUAACUAUAGUGGUCUCUGUUAGGAUUCCCCCCAUCUGUUAUCCUCAGGCACCAGCCCGUGAUUGAGAUGGGCUGGGCCGCCUAGUGUCUUUUGUGGCGUGUGUGACACAAUAUAGAAGAGCUGAAGGUGAUCGCGGGAGCAGCAGCAUCACCGUACUGCGCUCCACGGAGAACGGACACUGCUACCAGGUGUGCUCAUAUCCCACUGACAAAGCUUCCAUAAGUUUAUCCUCUACGACCACAGUAAGCGGGUUAUUUUACGCGAACUGGACGAGCUGGUCUCACUCCUCCUCUCUCCAGCUCGCGUGGGCUGCUCGCGCUGGGAACUGGAGAGAGCGGCAAGAGAGAGCUCAUAUCUCAGCGUUCAACUCUGCCAGCAUUCUUCAACAAUAACGGAUUCAUUCGUGAACGGCGGAGGUAAUUUAUCGGAGGAAACUACCCGAAGGCUUUAUUCAAUCGCACGUGCGUCUCUUAACAAACACGGCUUUUGUUCGGGUCUGGAUAUCCGCAUUUUACCCGCGCUAGCCGCAUUUGACUCGGGAGAAAUUGAGUCGUUGUGGAGUCGCGGUCCGAGCAGGUGCACGCGUUCAUAACUCCAUCCGGACUGAUUUCUGAAGGUCUGAGUGACGAUUAGGAAUUUAUAACCACAUUUGCUUUUUUUCCUGCAAUAUCUGGACUUAAUCGGCAGUGCAGAAAACAGAAUUAUGGAUAUCAAACAGCUUGUUAUAGCCUUCGCGGUUUUGGUGGGCUCAUGCUCGGCCCAGCGGCAGGUCACAGUUCAGCCGGGACCCUUGAUUCGAACGGAAGGCUCUCACAUCACCAUUUGGUGUAACGUGACCGGCUACAAGGAAGGGGUGGAGCAAGACUUUGAAUGGUCCAUGUACCUUUACACCGCUCCCGAUCGAGAGAUCCGUAUAUUGAGCACGUCCCAGCACAACUACGCCUACGCCUUGUACGCCCAGCGUGUCAACAGCAAGGAGAUCUACAUCGAGAGGCUGAGCAGAGACUCUGUCUUGCUGCACAUCACUAAGCUGCAGGCCACCGACCAGGGCAUGUACGAGUGCUACACUCCCAACACCGACAGCCGCUACCUGGGCACCUACAGUGCCCGGACCAACCUCACUGUGAUCCCAGACACUCUGACGGUGGCGGCCUCUGCUCAGACUCUCUCGAAAGUGGAGGGGGACACUCUGCAGCUGAGCUGUGAGGUCACACGCCAGACGUCCCAGCACACUCACGUUUCUGUGGGCUGGUACCUGCGUUCCGCUGAUGACCCCAAUUCUGGUCCACGUGACCUGGUCACCCUGUCACGGGACUUUGUUCUACGGCCGGGGGGACAGUACCGCCAACGUCUGUCUUCAGGAGACCUGCGGCUGGAUAAGACCAGUGCCACUUCCUACCGUCUCACCAUCUAUAAGCUGCAGCCCACAGACCAAGGAGAGUUCUACUGCGAGGCCUCGGAAUGGAUCCAGGACCCGGAUCACUCCUGGUACGCCAUGACUCGGAAAGAUUCGGAGAAGACGUCUGUCAAAGUUCAGCCCACAGAUCGGGACUUUAGUAUCCAGGUGACCACCGAGCGCCGGGCCUACACGGCUGGUGAGCCGCUGGAGCUCCGCUGCACCAUCGACGCUCAGAAUGUUCCAGAGCGUUUCUUCUUGGUGUCGUGGGUCUUCAGCAGCUCCCCCGUAGCCGUGAUUGGGCCCAGCGCCGUGCCCGUACUGGGACCCAACUAUGUGGAGCGGGAGGCCACCGGCCUCCUGACUGUGCGCAAAGAGAGCCCGUCCAUCCACCUGCUCAAGUUGCAGCGGCUACUGCCGGAAGACUCUGGCAAAUACAUCUGCAGAGUGACAGAACGGGAGAAGACCCUCACUGGAGAUUUCAUCGACCGCAGCAAACGGUCCCGUAAUGUUCAGAUCACUGUAACCCCUCUCAGAAGUAACAUCUCAGUGUCAUUAUCCAGUAACACUUCAGAGAUUAUGGAGGGCGAGACCGUCCAGUUGACCUGCGUUGUUAGCAACACUGUGGGUCCCCUGUCAGUGGCAUGGCAGUGGACAGAUAAGGAGGGCGAGGGUCCCACUGUAACCGUGGCUUCAGUGGAUCGUGAGGGAACAGUCACUCCUGGGCUCACCUUUAGGGAGCGCAGCAGCUUUGGACAGGUCCGGGUGGAGCGGGUUCGACCCGACACAUUCACCCUGUUCCUGUAUAAUGCCUUCCCCACAGAUGAGGGCCAGUACAGAUGCAGCGCCACAGAGUGGUCCCAGAGCGGUACUGCACCUGAAUGGAUUUGGCAGCAAAUUGGAGACGAAUCUGCCAGCAAGACUGUCACGGUAAAAUCAGUUGAGUCUUUCUUCUUCGUGUCGGCCUCCUCCCGUAUGCCUAGCGUGACGUUUGGUGACUCGUUUGACCUGCAGUGCAUCGUGAAGCCACGGCACAAUCCCUAUGUUCCUGCUGCAGUCACUUGGCGGUUCCAGUCAGCAGAGGGUGACGGAGAGUUCAGAGAUUUGGUGACAUUCACGCGGGAUGGCACUCUGCAGUGGGGCGACCAGUUGCUUGGCCUGGGCACGCGUACCACAGUAGAUCGUACGCCCACUAACACCAACUUCCGCCUCAGCAUCACUCGUGCCGGACGCAAGGAGGCCGGGACAUACCAGUGUGCUGCCCUGCUUUAUCGGAGGAAUUACGAUGGCACCUGGAGCACGGUGGCCAACCGCACCUCCAACCCACUGGGCAUCAGUGUACUGCAACCUGUGAGUAAACUGAAGGUGCACAGGUCGAACCAGAGUCUGCAGUUUCUGGAGGACAGUCGGGUGCGUGUCAACUGUUCCAUCACCUCUCAAACCAGCCCAGACUCUCAGCAUGCAGUGCUGUGGUACGCCCGGAAGGCCGAGGCAGGGGAGCCAGAUGAGCUGCUGUUGAAGAUCGAACACUCUGGUGCGUUCGAGUAUGGAGCAUACGCAGAGGAGGAACAUCUCCGCAGCCGUGUGCAGUCAGAGAGACUAUCUCCUCGGCUAUAUGGCCUCACCUUGCACCGUGCUGAGACCAGCGACUCUGGAACAUACUACUGCCUUGUGGAGGAGUGGCUCAUGGACCCCGAUGGACUCUGGUACCGUCUGGCACAAGACUCCUCCGGCUUCACACAUGUGGUAGUGAGACAGCCAGUGGUGAAGUUGCAGGUGGAGGAGGCAGAAUCCAAUAUCACCGUACCUGAAGAUGGAUCAAUCCGGCUGGGCUGCAGCAUUCUGUCUCAGUCCUCAAAAGAUUCCCGCUUCUCUGUAUCCUGGUAUGUGUACCGUUUGGGACAGGAGGAGGAGGAUGAACAAGAGUGCGUCUUUUCCAUUGGUCAUGAUGCAGUGUUUGGUAAUGGGAACUGCAGCCCUACGGAGGAGCCCGUUCUAAACUCUCGCCUGCAGUUUGAACGCACCACCUCUGACCUGUACAGUCUAACCAUCCAGAAAGCCCGGCCCAGAGAUGCCGGCAGUUACUUCUGCCACGUGGAGGAGUGGCUGCUGAACCCACGCAAUGCCUGGUACCGUCUGGCCACCAACAACUCUGGGGUCACCGUUGUUAAUGUUAUGGAGCAGGUCUCUACCCUACAGUCAGUGGUUUGUUCCAACGACUCCCUCUUCUACUUUGUCUUCUUCUACCCUUUCCCUAUCUUCGGCAUCCUCCUCAUCGCGGUCCUGCUGGUGCGCUACAAGACCCGCAGCUCCAGCAAGAACCAGGAGGGCAAGAACGGAGCGCCGCUCUUGUGGAUCAAAGAGCCUCAUCUCAGCUAUUCCCCAACCUGUCUGGACCCCCCAGUCCUCAGCCUUCACCCCGGCUCUGUGGAGUAACAGAGACACGAACAUGACCCUGUCUCGCUCAUCUGCACUCUCUCUUUGACUCCCUCUCUCUUUUUCUUCUCCUCCUCGUCCGUGAUGAGGCCACCAGAAAGUAAUCUGGGCUUCUAGCCUGGCCUGUCAAUCCGUCCAUGUGACUGACUAAGACCUUCCUCAGUUGAAGUUGCCAUGACUACAGUGGCUGCUGGCACCGAUGCCUAGACAGUUGCUUGGCUUUUUUUCCCUGUUCUUUUUUUAAAAUAUGAUUUUACUUUUCUUUCAUGCUCUGAUGUGAGAACCUUUCCUUUGAGGUGGCAGUAUCCAUAUGCAUUGAUGUAUUUUACCCAACUGACACUAACCUCCUUCUCUCUCCAGGAUAGGAAACAGCAGUUUCUUUUUUUUACUCCUGUUCAUGAAAUCUGGUGAAAACCAUUGCAUAUUAUUUCUUAUUUUGUCUGUGCUCAUUUUUGCUCAAUAAGACUGGAAGGUCAUUGCAGGACCCUGAACGGUUUUUAUAGACAAUGGUGUAUGGAUGAAGGAAGAAAAGGACAAUCUUUCCUUAGAAAAACCCAGAAAGCUGACAAUGGAUGUAUAUUGAUUUUGUUUGUGUGCAUGUGCCACAGAACUGACCUGAGAACUUCCUCUGUAUUAACGGAUAUAGACUAUGAAGAGCCCUCAUUGCCCACAGACUCAAGGAUAUACAUGGACCCCAGCUCAUCAUCACUGCCAAAGACCAAUACAACUCCAAAAGCCAAAAAAAUUCAAAUUCACUGACACUGAAUAGGAUUAGAGCAUCUGAUGUCAUCCAGU